UAUUUAUAGCUGCUGAGCACAAGCGAGCUCUCUUUUUUAAACACGGCUAAGGAUCUGGUCCUUCCAACAAGAGUUGUGCCGAGUUUUGCUGUUACAUAUUCUCUGGUACGCUGUCGCUGCUUGUGUCUAGAGGGACUUGUCAGAUGAAAACAUAAUUCGAUGCAGGAAAUGGAUCACCCAGAGAGAGAAGAGAUGGAAAGGCCAGUUUUGCAAACACAACCGUCCACUCUGCCGUUUUUUGACACGGCCCAUGCCUUUAACCUGCUGCGGGGAAUCCAUGAACUCAGAGCGGAGCGUAAAUUUUUUGAUGUGACUCUGUGUGCUGAGGGUCGCGAGUUCCACUGUCACCGCACAGUGUUGGCCGCUGCCAGCACCUACUUCCGGGCUAUGUUUACAGGAACACUGAGGGAGAGUGUUAUGGACCGGGUAGUUCUACAUGAGGUGUCAGCAGAGCUACUAGGUCUGCUGGUGGACUUCUGCUACACAGGACGUGUGACCGUCACUCAGGAUAACGUGGACCUCCUUCUGAAGACGGCUGAUCUGUUUCAGUUUCCCUCAGUCAAAGAGGCUUGCUGUGCAUUUCUGGAACAGCGUCUGGAUGUUUCCAACUGCUUAGAGAUCCAGGACUUUGCAGAGGCUUAUGCGUGCAGAGAGCUGGCAACCAGUGCUCGCCGCUUUGUCCUAAAAAAUAUAAUGGAGCUGGCUAAAGGGACAGACUUUGAGAGGCUGCCUUGGAAGCGUCUGCUUGAGUUUAUAUCGGACAACGAGCUCUGUGUGGACAAGGAGGAGACAGUUUAUCAAAUUGCAGUGCGUUGGGUGAAGACUGAUCUCAAGCGGAGACUGCACUACUGGCCGGAGCUCCUGCAGCAGAUCCGGCUCCCUUUUGUCAGGAGGUUCUUUCUGUUGGCCCAUGUCGAGAGUGACCCACUUGUGUAUCUUUCGCCAACCUGCCUCCGCAUGGUAAACGAAGCCCGUAGCUUUCAGUCAUGCGAGUACGACCGCCAUGACAGGCCCUGCCAUCGAAUGCGGCCACGGCCGUCCACAGGACUGGCAGAAAUCCUGGUGGUGGUGGGAGGCUGCGACCAGGACUGUGAUGAGCUGGUCACCGUGGACUGUUACAACCCCCAGACCGGACAGUGGCGCUACUUGGCUGAAUUCCCUGACCACCUUGGAGGAGGAUACAGCAUAGCUGCCCUUGGAAACGAUAUGUAUGUGACAGGGGGUUCUGACGGCUCUCGCCUCUAUGAUGGUGUGUGGCGCUACAGGUCCAGUGUCAAUGAGUGGACAGAGGUGUCGCCCAUGCUGAAGCCCCGCGAGUACCACAGCUCAAGUGUUAUGAAAGGUCAGCUCUACGUGGUGGCGUCAGACAGCACUGAGCGCUACGAUCACACACUGGACUGCUGGGAAGCCUUACCGGCCAUGCUUCACCCCAUGGACAACUGCUGCACCACCACAUGCAGCGGACGCUUGUAUGCAAUAGGCUGCCUGGCCGGGGAAGACACGAUGGCCGUCCAGAGCUACGAUGCAGACACCAACCGCUGGACCAUGGUCAACUGUGGACAGCUGCCUUCAUGGUCCUUCACACCGAAGACUGUGACCCUCAACGGCCUCAUCUACUUUGUCAGCGAUGACUCAGCAGAGGUGGAUGUUUAUAAUCCCCAGAAGAACAAGUGGGACAAAAUUACCCCAAUGAACCAGGUCCAUGUUGGAGGGAGUGUGGCAGUCUUGGGUGGUAAAUUAUUUGUGUCCGGUGGUUACGACAGCACAUUUGAGCUGUCGGAUGUGGUGGAGGCCUACGACCCCACCACCCACAAGUGGACUCUCGCUGGACGACUACCACAGCCGACCUUCUGGCACGGCAGUGUCAGCAUAUUCCGCCAGUUCAUGCCGCAGGUGUCCAGUGCGUUUGAACCCACUCUCAUACCGGAGUCCAACGCCAUUCACCUGCACCGCCAUCAGCGCCACCAAGCGCUCCACAAUCUCAACAACAAUCUCAACCAGAACCAGGACGUGAACCCAGCUCACUGAGUUUAGACUUCAAAGUCCCUCUCGGAGGUGUUUAGUCUGUCCUCCCAUCAUUGUCCCAUCAUCAGUUUACUUUGAAAUACCCCUGUCACAAUUUUAAAGCGGAAGAGAGAGAAGCAUUGCGUUGUCUGAGCUCUUUUUUAGU